AUGCCUGUCAUGUCCUCCCACCUCCCUAACCCUGGUCCUUCCGCCCAAUCCUUCAUCCGCUUCCGGCUCCUGGACGGGUCACCCAUGUCCGGGCUUUCGCCCUGGGCCGUCGAGGACGCCUUCGUCGGGGCGGUCGGACGCUGUCUCAGCGCCCGGCCGCUCCGCGGUGGCGACUUGCUGGUCCGUUGCGAUCCGGGGGAGCGUCAGCAGCUGCUGGCGAUCACCCGGGUCGCGGGGGCGGAGGAGGGGCACGACUCCCCAUCCUGCUCCAGCCCCUCGGUGUGCUGCGCCGGGUGCGGCGACGAGCACCCCUCGACCGACCCCGGCUGCCCUCGGUGGCUGGCGGAGUGCCAGGUGUCCCUCCUGAUCCGUCAGGGCUGGGAGCCCAGGGACGCCCGCCACUACGUGGCGACCCAUCCGGACGCCGACCCUACCAUCAUCCCCUCCAACUCUGACUCUGUCCGCCGUCCUCCCCCCAACAACCACUCCGAGUACCCCCCUCUCCCUCAGAAGCCUAACUACAUCCCACCUCGCCCGCCCACCCCCCGCUACCCUCCUUCCUCCGGCCGGUCGACUCCCAACGCUCCCCCUCCGCCCCCUCCCCGACCGGCCAGCGCGGCCAGGUCCCCUGCUGUGCCGCCGCGGCCCCCUCGGGCCGCCGGUGCCGACUCUCACGGCACCCCUGCACCUCCUCCACCUCCCCGCGAGCGCCCGGCGCCCCCGGCUUCCCAGCCGAAGGAGACAGACAAGAGUCAGGCGCCGGUCCGUAGCGGGCUGUCAAACUCCGACUCCAACCUCACCGACUCCAACACCACUACCGACCACUCAUCCACGCCCAGCCCCACCACCCCGCCGGGCCGCCCACGCCGCACCAGACUCCAGUCGGCACCCGCCGAGUCACACACCUACACUCUCAGACAGAAACACUAA